UUACAAAAGCCCUUGAACCACUUUUCAACCCAAAAAAAAAAAAAAAAAAAAUCAACUAGAGCAUUGUCUAUGAAGUACAUGAAAUCCAUUACUAACUUUAACCACUUUUCAGUUCCAAAACCACUCCAACACAUACUCACUCGGAAACAAUCUAUACUUGAUCAGAUAAAGACAUGUUCCAACCUAAAGAACUUGGGAUCUGUGUUUGCCUCUAUGAUCAAAACCAAUGCAAACCAAGAUUGUUUUUUAGUGAACCAAUUUAUUAGCGCCUGCUCCAACUUUUUGCAAAUAGAUUAUGCAACUUUAGCAUUUACCCACGUGGAAAGUCCCAAUGUUUUUGUCUACAAUGCAAUGAUAAGGGGCUUUGUUCAUUGUUUUCACCCAACUCAAGCUUUGGAAUGUUACAUACAUAUGAUGAGAGCUGAAGUUAUGCCAACAAGUUAUACAUUUUCAUCGUUGAUUAAGGCUUGUGCUUCGCUUUCAGCUUUGGGUUUUGGUGAAGCUGUACAUUGUCACAUUUGGAGAAAUGGGUUUGAUUCACAUUUGUUUGUUCAGACUGCUUUGAUUGAUUUCUAUUCGAAUUUUGGCAAAAUUGAUAGAUCAAGAAGGGUGUUUGAUGAAAUGCCUGAGAGAGAUGUUUAUGCAUGGACCACGAUAGUUUCUGGUUAUGUCCGUACUGGGGAUUUGAGUUCUGCGAAGGAAUUGUUUGAGGAGAUGCCUGAGAGGAAUACUGCUACAUGGAACACUAUGAUUGAUGGAUAUGCAAGAAUGGGGAAUUUUGAUUCUGCGGAGUUGUUAUUCAAUCAGAUGUCUGUAAGGGAUAUAAUCUCAUGGACAACCAUGAUCACUUGCUAUUCUCAGCACCAGAAAUUUAGAGAAGCAUUAGCAAUAUUUAACGAAAUGACGAGUAAUGGGAUCCAUCCAGAUGAAGUGACCAUGGCAACUGUUAUAUCAGCUUGUGCCCAUCUUGGAGCUCUUGAUUUAGGAAAGGAAAUUCAUCUUUAUAUAUUGCAGAAUGGAUUUGAUGUUGAUGUUUAUAUUGGGUCUGCGCUUAUUGACAUGUAUGCCAAGUGUGGGAGCUUAGAUAGGUCACUUUCAGUGUUCUUCAAAUUGCGGGAGAAAAACUUGUUUUGUUGGAAUUCAGUUAUAGACGGGCUUGCAGUUCAUGGGUAUGCAGAUGAAGCGCUAAAGAUGUUUAGGGGAAUGGAGAGGGAGAAGAUCAAACCUAAUGGAAUUACUUUUAUUAGCGUUCUAAGUGCCUGCACUCAUGCAGGACUUGUUGAAGAAGGCCGAAGGAUGUUUUUGAGCAUGACAGAUGAUUACUCAAUCCUUCCUGAAGUUGGACACUAUGGAUGUAUGGUUGAUCUAUUGAGCAAAGCAGGCUUGCUUAAAGAUGCACGAGAGUUGAUAAGAAGCAUGAAAGUUGAACCAAACAACAUUAUAUGGGGGGCCUUGUUAGGUGGGUGCAAGCUCCACAGAAACUUGGAGAUUGCUCAAGUUGCUGUUAAGGAACUGAUGGCUUUGGAGCCAAACAACAGUGGCCAUUACAAUCUUCUGGUUAACAUGUAUGCUGAAGUGAAUAGAUGGGGUGAGGUUGGAAAAAUCCGGGCAGCCAUGAAGAAUAUAGGAGUGGAAAAGAAAUGUCCUGGAUCCAGUUGGAUUGAAAUGGAAAGGAAGAUUCAUCAGUUUGCAGCAUCUGAUAAAUCUCACCCAGCUUCUAGUGAAAUUUACCUAUUGCUGGCUGAAUUAGGUGGGCAACUGAAGCUAGCUGGCUAUGUACCUGAACUAAUUUGGGGGGAUUUAGCGUGAGCUGCCUACACCUUUGGGGGCAUAUGUAACAUAUUAUUCUUUGGGGUUCUUUACAUGGUCAUCCCCGCUCAAUUUGUUGGUAAGAAUUGACCAUAAUCAUUGGAAAAUUUAAAAAGAAGCUGAAUGGUUUCUUCACCAACAUAUAAAUAAAAGCAAAGAGAAAAAGAUUAAAUUACCAACCAGGAAAUUUUCUAGAAUGUUAGUAUGGGUGCGAUAUUGCAACAUGAGAAAAUUUUGAAAAUUCAUAGCAUGACACGGCAGAUAGGACGCUGUUACAACACGAAUACGACACUGGUACGACAUCCCAAAUAAAGUGUCCGUGCUUCCUAUUAGAAUGUUAAUUGUAGGCAACCAAGGCUACUUUGUAACAAGUGAGGUAUUGGAAAACAAUACGGGGUGAUAAUGCUAACAGAAAUGCAAAAUUAUACUAAAAAAUUCCUGAAGGGACAGGGAACUUGUCAGAGUUAUGUGUAUGGUAUUCUUAAUCGAUUUCAGUGGCAACGGUCGAAAGCAGAUAAAGCAGAAGCAGAUUUACUAAAAGAAGCUACGGAUGCAUCUCAAGUUUCUUUGAGGUCUAAAGUUGAGAAGAUGGAAGAUGAUUCUACGCUCAGCAAAUACAGUUCUGAUGAGGAAGAUUUCACUGAUGGAAAGUGGAAGUUAGAGCUUGCUUGGCUCACAAAAGCCCUUGAACCAGCUCUGCAA